AGUGAGAGAAGAUAACGAGAAAUUCAACACCACAACGUUCUAGUCAAUGUGUAUAUGCAUUAAUUACAAAAUUAUCAAACUCAUCCCAUUCAAUUGACGUUCCCAUUACAAUUGACAACAAACUUUAUAUUAUCUUUUCAUUUCUUCUUCUUCUUCUUGUUAUUUUUGAUUUUUGAUUUUUUUUUGUAUUUGUAAUUGAAAUUCGUUUUCACCAUCUCUGUAAAACCCUAUCGAAACCCUCUAUAAUAAUAUUCGAUUUCACACCGAUCCCAAUUCAUCAAAUUUGAGACUUCCAAACCCUUAUCUCCACUUUAGGCUUUCUGGGUUUCUCUCUUUCUCUCUCAGGUAAAAGCUCGAACACCUGAACUACGAUUUCGUAUAUAUAUGUGUUAUGUAUGUCGAUAUACAUGUGUAUAUAGUAUAUAGACAUCUGUACAUGUGUAAUAUUGAAAAAAAAAAAAUUUGAUGCUUUUGCUUUAAGUUUCCGACAAGGAUUACUAUUUUAACGACUUUUGAUGUUUGGGUUUUCUGCAAGUGAUAUAUAGAGAAAGAGAGAGAAAACCAACUGUAUGGUUUUGUGGGCUGUUGUGGAAUUGACAUACAGUUGGGUUUUUUUUUUUUUUUCUUUUUUGGGUGGUUUGGUAACUUCUUGUUUGUGGGUUUUUGGAUUUGUUUUGGAAAUUUUGUUCUUUUUGGGUCAAUUCUUGUACGGUUGGACAUAGCGUGAUUUUGGAUGACAAAGGGGUUUGGUUUUGUUGAAUUUGAAGGGAUUUUGAGAUGGGAAAUGAUGGGUUUUUGAAUUGGUUUGUUGAAUUUUGAGUGUGUAAGGAGGUUGGUAAUGUUGUUGUUGUGGGUGAAUUUGGACAGAGUGGUGUUGAUGCCUUGAAUUUGUAGAGUUGUGAGAAUUUGAAGGGAUUUGAGAUGGGAAAUGAUGGGUCUUUUGUCUUUUGAAUUGAUUUGUUAAAUUUCAGUGUCUAAGGAGGUUGGUAAUGUUGUUGUUGUGAAUGAAUUUGGAUAGAGUGGUGUUGAUGCCUUCAAUUUGUAGUAACGAGAAUUUGACAGUUGCGAGCAGUUAUUUGGACAUUGGAGAAGUUUGGGAAUUGAAUUCCGGUCAAAUUUCUUAGGAGCUUAGGGGUAGCUUGAGAAUUGGAUUACUCUGGGAAAAAUCUCUGGGAAAUUGGUAAUAGAUAGGAAGCUCAGGAAUUUGAUUGGACUGGGAAACUUGCUUGGAAUUUUGACUUUUAAAUUUCAAAGGAUUCUCCCAGGAACUUAUUCUGUGAUUCGAGGCUGAGAAAGCUUUUACUUUAUUGGAAUUGAAGAUUUUGAGCAGGGAAUUUAAGGGCUUGCCAACUGAUAUAUCAAUCUCGGUGGUCGCUGGUCUGCUAAUCUGCUUCGGGGCUCUGAAUUUGAAGGGGUGGUUGUGGUUUGGAAUAGAUGAUGGAUGAAACUCAAUGCAGUUCGAAUGUCCUGCCUCCUUUCCUCGUGAAGACAUACGAGAUGGUUGAUGAUCAUUGCUCGGAUUCCGUUGUCUCCUGGAGUCAGAGUAAUAAAAGCUUUGUUGUCUGGAAUCCACCUGAAUUUGCGAGGGAUUUGCUACCCAGAUUCUUCAAGCACAAUAACUUCUCCAGCUUUAUCAGACAGCUCAAUACAUAUGGUUUUAGAAAAAUUGAUCCAGAACAAUGGGAAUUUGCUAAUGAAGAUUUUAUAAGAGGACAGCCACACCUUUUGAAGAACAUUCACAGACGCAAGCCAGUUCACAGCCAUUCCUUACAGAAUCAACAAGGUCAAGGCACUUCUUCAUCAUCAUUAACUGAAUCAGAAAGACAGCAAUACGAGGAUAAGAUCGAGAGGCUGAAAUGCGACAAAGAAUCACGUCUUUUGGAUUUAGAGAGUCAGAAACAAGAGCAGCAAGGGAUUGAUUUGCAAAAGUGUGUUUUGACCGAGCAUUUCCAACGUGUGGAACAACGCCAGAAAACUAUGUUAUCCUCCUUAGCUCAGACUUUGCAAAAACCGGGGCUUGCAUUGGAUUUACUGCCACGAUCAGAAAUCCAUGAUCGAAAGAGAAGGUUGCCACCAAACAACUAUUUGUGUGAUGAAGUGGGUAUUGAAGAUAAUCCUCGGAUGGGAACUUCCCAAAUCAUGACCAGAGAAAAUUCGAGUGCUUCUUCUGUUUCUGUAUUGAACAAGGAAUCACUUGAGCAAUUGGAGUCUUCCUUGAUGUUUUGGGAAAAUAUUAUACACGAUGUUGGUCAAGCUUAUGAGCAACAAAAUUCAUCCGUGGAGUUGGAUGAAUCCACGAGCUGUGCAGAUAGCCCAACAAUAUCUUACACGCAACUAAAUAUUGAUAUUGGGUCCAAAACUUCUGGGCUUGACAUGAACUCUGAGCCUGCUGGUCCUCUUGCUCCUGAGGUUGAUGACUUAGAAGAACACGUAGCUAGGCCUGUAGCAACUGUGCCAACUGGGGUCAACGAUGUGUUCUGGGAACAAUUCUUGACUGAAAAUCCUGGUUCAAGCGAUGCAGCGGAAAUUCACUCAGAAAGAAAAGGUCUUGAUGGAAGAAACAAUGAAAGCAAUUAUGGGAAGUUUUGGUUGGAUGCGAGGAGUGUGAAUUACCUUGCAGAACAUUUGGGUCAGCUUACUCCAGCAGAGAGAACUUGAUGUCAGUAGGUUAAUUUUCGAUUUCUUUUUUUCUUACUUUAAUGCCUCGGUGUAAAUUUGUGGAUAGUUGGUUUGAUAGACAAUACAACACUUCAUCUUCUUGCCUCAUCAUCUGUGUAUAUCAUUAUAAUCAAGUUUUUGAUUUGUUACUUGUA